GCAUCCGUAACGCAAUGGCUCGCUUUUUCGCGUCUUCGGACGACUUGCUCGAUUGCUUGCAACUUGAGCUGAGCCAGUCUCCAGUGAUUCAACCAACACCGCCGCAGCCAUCAUCGUCAUCAUCAUCCUCCUCCUCUGCGCCAGUCCAAAGUGCUCCGACCGUGUUGUUGUCAGAACGCUCACUUUGUAUGCUCGACAGCACGACUGGUCUCAAACGCCGCUGCAGCACCGACGACAUUGACGCUGCUGCCACUGCUGCCACUCUCGGCUGCUCUUCCACUACUGCUCCUGCAUUCACUGCGCGCGAUAGCUCUGCCGUCGUCAUCAUCGAGUCGCCCGUUGCAAGCAGAACUCACUCUGCCGCUAAACGCAUUCGCAUGUCCCCGCCACCGCCACUGCCUGGUCCUCGUCCUCAUCAUUCUGGUCUUCCAUUGAAACAAGCACAGAAUUCAAUGGCUGACAGCACUGCAGCAGCAGACCGCGAUGAAACGGAAGCCGUAGCGAUGAUGGCAGUCGAGUCGUCCAGCAGCAGCUCUGAGCAACUGAGCGCAUCGACGCCCGUCGAUAAUCGAGCAUUCAGAGGCCUCGCCACGACGACCACUACUAAUAUUGGCUUGGAUGGAUCUCAAGCGAGUAAUUGCAGUGUUGGUGCAACGUCCACAGCAUCCACCGCAUCUUGGACUGCUCCGCCGCCCGCAACUGCUGCUACCUCUGCCGCUGUUGCUGCUGCACCGCUUCGUGUUCUCAGUGACUUGUAUCACAGCCCAUGCUCUUGCAAUUCCAGUGCAACCAGCACUUCAAAUGCCAGCGCCAAACCCUCGUCGUCCGCUCGAUCUGCCGCCACAGCCACACGGACAACCACCGCUUCAAAGGCACGUGCCACGUUUGCUCCAACAUGCAUCUAUCUUAUCGACAAACUUCUCGGUGCUCAGCGCUGGAACAUCUUUGUCAACAAGGUGACUGCGCUCGGCGGCCGCUUGUGCUCGCACCUGUGCCCCAAUACAACACACCUUGUGACGGCACUUCCACGGAGUCGACUGCUAGAAACAGAGCCCGACCUCGUGCUUGUUGCCGAUCGUGUGCUGGCCGUAGCAGCGGAGUGGCUGUCCGAGUCCAUUCGCCGCGGCACCCCUUGCGACACUGCCUCGUUUCUGCUCACGAUUCCAUCUCCCGAAGAGCAAGAGGCUCAGCAGCGUCGAGAGGAAAUGAUUGCACAGCGCGAGGAAGAGCAGCAAGCGCUUUUAGUCGCGCAGAAGGCUGCAUCCAGCGCAUCGUGGGUCCGACGGGCUGCGGAAAAUAAAAAACGCCUUCUCGGCACCGUCCAAAAAGCACAGCAAGGCGACUCCUCUGGCGACUCGUCCGAUGAUGAACGAAACAGCAGCAUGCCCCUUCGUUCCCGACCCGAGGUAGCAACAGCUGCUCCUCCCUCGACCAGUGCUGCCAACCCCAGCAAUGACCCAGCAGAAACAACCUUCUCGCGCUUCAACAAGGCGUUUGACGCAGCAUUUGCCGAAGUGGACAGGUCGCAUUCCAAUAGUCGCAUGAAGCUAAAGCGCGAUACAGGCGUGAAGGACGAGCAGUCUGGCAGCGACGAGGCGGAAGGCUCUGGCGACUCUGACUGGGAGCAGGCAAGCGUUGCAGAAGAGCAGGCCAGCUCCACAAGACAAACACGGUGGCUUUCGACUUUUGCAUGCGGGCGACCUUCCUCCGACCAGCCCAUCAACCACAACAAGCAAGUCACGGACAUUUUUGAAAUGCUCGAGGGCGACUAUCGCGCUCAAAAGGAUACAUGGCGCGCCAUGGGCUACCAGAAGGCCAUCACCGCACUCAAGCAUCACCACAAGCCGAUCGAGUCGUUUGCCGAAGCUCUGGCUCUCCCCAACGUGGGAGAGCGACUUGCCAAGAAGGUUUGGGAAAUUGUCUCGACAGGGCAUCUUCGCCGCCUGGACGAUCGCGACCCUCGACUCAAGGUUAUUCUUGAAAUGUCGCAAGUGUAUGGCGUGGGGCCCACCACGGCGCAAAAGCUGUACGCAAAAGGAAUCCACUCCAUGGACCAGCUACGAGCCCAAGCUUCGCAACUGCCCCCGAUCAUGCAAAUCGGCGUCAAGCAUUAUGACGAUCUCUUGAAGAAAAUCCCGCGAGCUGAGGUCACAUUGAUUGGGACGAAGGUGUAUCACUUUGCAAAGCAAAUCAAUAGCGGCGUGCUGGUUGCAAUCUGCGGCUCUUACCGACGUGGCAAAGACACGUGCGGUGAUGUGGAUAUUCUUCUGUCGCAUCCGGACGGACGAGCGCACACGGACAUUUAUAAUCGACUCAUUCCCAUCCUCAAGCGCGACGGCCUAUUAACAGACCAUCUGAGCGAAGGCCACGACGGCACGCAGCACAAGUACAUGGGCAUCUGCCGCGUGACGGAGCACGACUGGGAUGUGUUUGGCGAGAUGGCCGUUGCCGCCGCCUCCUGUGCAGCCUUCACGGCCACAACCACAUCUCACAUGAUGCCCGACUUUUCCAUGACCAUCGGCUCGAGCCAGAGCAGCAGCAGCAGCUUGCCUUCUGCGAGCGGGACUCUCGACUCGGAUGAGAAUCCGCCGUCGGCUGCUGCAGCAACCAUCGCUCCUGGUCUGCCAACAUCAGCGCUUCCGAUAUCCUCCACAGCCGGGCGCGUUCCUGAUGGACGACCUGUGCCGUUCACCAACUUCCACCGCCGCAUCGAUUUGAUUGCCGUGCCGUUGAAGGAAUGGGGCACCGCCUUGCUGUACUUUACCGGCUCUGGCUACUUUAAUCGUUCCAUGCGACUGCUCGCGCGUAAACGCCACAUGUCCCUCUCCCAGCACUCGCUCAAUGUUGGCGUCAAACGGCUGCGGGCUGAAAAGCUCACCGAGGGCGAGCCUUUGUUAACACCCACCGAGCACUCUGUGUUUGAGGCGCUUGGACUUCCUUAUCUUGCACCGCACGAGCGGAAUGUGUAAACAUGUUGUUAAUGGCUGAGUGUGUUUGAUUAUUUAGCGCUGUUAGUUGCAAUGUCCUCGCUUUUUGGUGGAUGUGACGUCUUUGAAAUUUGAAUGUUUUCGCUUUCAGAAGACAAAACAAACAAGGUUGAAUUUUACUACAAAUACAGAAUAGUCGCGUCGAA